UGAGUUGAUUGCUUCUUGAAAGGACAAGACCAAAUAUAGAACAGAAAGAAGAAAACGUGCGACGUUUGAGAGAAGAAAAAAGGUGAAGAAGGAUAUUUUUCGAAAAUCAUCUUUUCGUUUUUCUUUUUUUUUUUCAAUAACGAUGAAGACGUGCUGCGAGGAACACGUGAAUGCCAUUCUCAUCGUCGCAUGAUCAAAAAUGUCGGCGUACAAAUCGUCGGGAAGAAAAUGUUCGGAUUCUUCGGUGAAAUAAAUGUCGGCACGUGUAUGUGUUACACGUUAGUCUGGUAAAUCGACGAAGGAAGAAGAAAAGGCUGCAUUCUUUGUGAUAUAUCUAAGAGAAAGAGAGAAAGAGAAAGAAAGACAGAAAGAGAGACGAGCUACACGAAACUUUCGUCUCUCAAACCUGUUGCUUGGCACGUGUAUUUCGACGAUCGAUUCGUCCAUUGGAAACGUGAACUAUCGUUCUCGAUCGAUCGUUAAAAAAUUGAAAGAAAAAAAAAAAAAUAAUAAAAACCGAUAACAUCAAAAUUUAUCUUUACAUCUGAAAUAUAAAUUCAAAAUCGAUUUGCGAAGUAGAACGCUUUAUAUCUUUUUUUUUUCACGACAUUUUCAACGACUAAAUAAGUGAUGAGAUUUACGUUUAUUUUUUUAUUAUUUCAUAUUAAUUUGGUCAUAUAAUUGUUUGAACAUUAAUUACAAUAAAAAUGAUGUUCGUUAGUUUCUUUUCAUUGUUCACAAAUCUUUCAAACGUUUAUCUUGUGUAUUCGGUUUCUAUACGUUCAAUGACGAUUAUAAAGAUGUCGAUCAAUCAGAUAACGGGGAUUGACCGAGAGGGCGUUGUUCGUAAAACUAAUGUGAGAUUCAAUGGAGGCGGAUAAUCUCUUUCUCGAUGAGAACGUGAAUUUUAAAGUAGGAAGAAAGAAAAGAAAAGCGAUGGAGACACUCAACGUGAGUGGCGGACGUAUUUGCUUUUCACAGGAAGAUCUGGAGAUCCUAGAGGAUCCCAGGACACCGACCCUGAGAAGAAUUAGUUAUGGCAUCGUUCUACCUGCCAUCUGUUGCUUGGGCAUUAUCGGUAACAUGUUGAACUUGCUUGUACUUACGAGGAGAAACAUGCGUGGCACUGCUUAUAUUUAUAUGAGAGGCUAUUCCGUGGCGGCUUUGCUCGCUAUCCUUUUCUGCAUUCCAUUCGCACUCAGAGUUUUCAUUCAUAAAGAGACAGGACGGUGGAACAAUUGGCCACAAGCUUUUUAUCAUGCACACCUUGAGCUCUUUCUUGGCAACGGAUGUCUUGGUGUCGGGGUGAUGAUGUUAUUAGCACUGACUGUUGAGCGUUAUGUCAGUGUAUGUCAUCCAGGACAACACACACGACCACUUUGCGGGCCACCGCAUUUGACCGUGGCUCUUAUUCCUCUAGCCACCUUUUUGGUCUACCUACCCAGUGUAUUUCGUAGCGAAGUAACUACUUGCUUUUUGACUUCCGAAGGACCACUUAUUUAUCAAAAAAGAGAGAAUCAAUCGUUCUUACACUCCCUUUUUUAUCAGGUAUAUAAAGUAGUGCUCGAAAUCGUUUUCAAGAUCGCACCAACAAUAUUGUUAGCGGGUUUCAAUCUGAGAAUCAUGGUGGUGUAUAGAAGAUCUUGCGAACGACGUCGUCGCAUGACUUUAUCAAGAACCAUGAGCAACGAUGAAGAUUCUAGGACGUUCGCAGAGGAACGAAGAUUGAUACUUCUUCUCGGUAGCACCAGUAUACUCUUUCUGGUUUGUGUCAGCCCGAUGGUCAUUCUGAACGUCACUCUGAGCGAGAAUAAUCUCAGUUAUUUUUCUUACCAGGUUUUUCGUGCGUUAGCCAAUCUUCUAGAAGUCCUCAAUUACUCCAUCACCUUCUAUAUUUACUGUCUCUUCUCAGAGGACUUCAGAAAUACCUUGAUGCGUACAUUACAGUGGCCUUGGCUCAAAAGUGGACAAGGAGGACGAAAAGUACCUAUGAAACGUUCACCAUUAGCAAGACCUACUACAACAACGACUCCACCUACAACUGCUGUGGCAACACCAGGUCACCUCGCACGUGUCAGCGUCUAAUACAACAUUUUUAUUGCUUCUGUCACUUUUCAUUUUUUCUUCGUAAUCGAUCCUACAUUGGAAGUUCAAGAGGAAUGAGAAAAGUGCCUGAUCGAAUUGAUGGCCAAAGAAACAAUGUACGUUGUUAUUGCUAAGAAGUGCAUCCGUUUCGUGACUAAAACAUUUUCAAACGGCAUCGUAAUUGCUCUUUGAAAAAUUACUCGUUCUUCGUUUUUCUUCGCGAUUUUAGAUAGUAAGUUUUUAUAUAAGAAUAAAAAAGUAAAAUGACUGCCAAAGACGAUAAUGUAUCAACGAUUAGACUUAACGCAGACGUUUCUUUCUCUUUUAAUAAAGGAAGUAAUAUUUCUUCGAUCUUGACGUAUCGAAGAAUGAAAGAAGAAAUGUAUCG